GGGAGGAGGAGCCACAGGCCGAGGACACGAAACCGAAAGUAACCACAAGAGGGGAAAACCAACAUACGGAGGCAGAGAGGACGCAGAGAGAGAAGACGUUUACCAAAACAAACGACGAAAGAAGCAGAAAUGAAAAGGAGGCGAUCAUGUUCAGAGUCCCGCAGUGGACCUUCAACCAGUUCAGAGAUGAGUUCACAACCCGACCAGAUGUCUCUCAAGAGUGAUAAAUCCAUGAUGAGGCCGAUCGUUUUUGAUGGUGGCAGUCCUUCUAGUUCAUCUCCUGACCAGAUGUCUCUCAAGAGUGAUAAAUCCAUGAUGAGGCCGAUCCUCUUUGGUGGUGGCAGUUUGCAGAGUGCAGUUGGGUCAGGAGGUCCCAGCAAGAGGUCUGCGAAGAGUGAAACUUCCAUGUUUGAGACGGACAAACAAAGACAGUCACCCUACAGCUGUUCAUUUUGUAUGGGGGUUUUGAGGCAACUCUCUUGUGGACACUGGUCAUGCAAACAGUGUCUCAGCUCUGAAGGGGACCAGUCUGAUUCCUCAGCAACAAGUGUCUGCUCAACUUGUGGGAAAAAACUGAAGCCAGACAUGGGUGGCAGCCAAGUUUUGAAAGCAACGAAGAAUCUCAAAGAAGCAAUGGGAAACAAAUUUAAGUUCACGUCUGAAGGUAAUGGUGACCAAGAGAGUCUUAACAGAAUCUACACAACCCUCCACAUCACCACCGGAGAGAGUGAGGGGCCACACACAGACCACGAGUCCCGGUUACUCGAACGCAAAGUGAAAAAGUGCUCCUUGUCAAAACAUUUGGUCAAACUCCAUGACAUCUUCAGAAGUUCGCCUGGACAAGAGAAACCCCACAGAACAGUUCUGACGAAAGGCAUCGCAGGGAUUGGAAAAUCAUUUGCUGUGCAGAAAUUCAUCCUUGACUGGGCUGAGGAGGAAGCCAACCAGGAUGUGGAUUUUGUUUUCAGUCUUGCUUUCAGAGAGCUGAAUUUGGUCACAGAUGAGAAAAGCCUGCACAUGCUCCUGACUGAUUUUCAUCCUGCAAUCAAAGAUCUGGAAGAUUCAGAGGAUUACAUCAGAACCAAGAUUAUCAUCAUCCUUGAUGGCCUGGAUGAAAGUAGACUUAGUCUAGACUUCAAGGGCAAUAAGGUGAUAACGUCUGUCAGAGAAGUAACAUCUGUGAGUAACCUCCUUGUCAACCUCAUCCAGGGAAACCUCCUUCCUGAUGCCAACCUCUGGAUAACUUCCCGUCCUGCAGCAGCCAAUCAGAUCCCUGCACAGUAUGUGGACAUGGUAACAGAGAUAAGAGGUUUCAGUGACCAACAGAAGGUGGAAUAUUUCAGGAGAAGAUUUAAUGAUGAGUCAGGUCUUGCUAAACGGAUAACAUCACACAUACAGUCUUCUCAGUCUCUUGACAACAUGUGCAGAAUCCCGAUCUUCUGCUGGAUUUCUGCCGUUUUAUUUAAGGAGGUCUUUGUAGAAGACCAAAACGCUGAAAUUCCCCAAACUCUUACAGGGAUGAUGGCACAUUUCCUGUUUGCCCAGACAAAACGUAGGAACAGAAAAUACGACAAAAAGACUGGGGAGAACAAAGAAGAGCUUCUGAAGACACACAAGGAAUUUCUUCUGAAACUCGGCAAGCUUGCCUUUGUUCAGCUUCAGGAGAACAAACUCAUCUUUUAUGAGGAAGACCUGGAAGAAUGCGGCAUUGAUGUAAAAGAAGCAUCUAUCUACUCUGGAUUUUGCAACGCAGUUUUUAGAGAGGAAGACAUCUUUUCCCAAAAAAAGGUCUUCUUCUUUGUGCAUCUGACCAUACAGGAGUUCUUUGCAGCUCUAUACGUCUACAACUGUCUGACAACCAACAAUACUGCAGGUCUAGACAACUUCCUGAGUCAGGAAGAAAAAGAACACACUUUACUUGAACUUCUAAAGAUGGUGGUUAACAAAGUGUUGGAGAAGAAGAAUGGACACCUGGACUUCUUCCUGAGAUUCCUCCUCGGCCUCAUGGUUGAACCCAACCGAAGAAUCCUUCAGGGACUCCUGAUCCCACCAGACCCAAGUCAAGAUGCCGACAAGAAAAUCUUGACUUACCUCAAAUCCAUCCGGAGGAAGGGUAUCUCUCCAGACGGUUGUAUGAACCUGUUCCAGACCAUGGUCGAGAUGAGAGACCACAAAGUCAAAGAUGAGAUUCAGGAAUAUCUCAAAUUAACUGAUCGUUCGAAAACAGAGUUGACUCCCCUGCACUGCUCUGCACUGGCCUUCAUGCUGCAGGUAUCGAAGAAUGAUCUUGAUGUGUUGGAUCUGAAGAGUUAUAACACAUCAGAGGAAGGCAGAAGGAGGCUGAUACCAGCUGUGAGGAGCAGCAGAAAAGCCUUACUGGGAGACUGCAAAGUGACAAUAGAAUGGGUCGAACACUUGGCCUUUGGUCUCAAGUUCCCAUCUUCACCUUUACGAUAUCUGGACUUGAGCAACAAUGACCUGAAAGAUUCAGGAGUGGAGCUCCUCUGUGAAGGACUGUCCAGUCAAUGCUGCAGACUCCAAACACUGAGGUUGUCAGGUUGUCAGGUCACAGAGAAAGGCUGUGAUCAUUUGGCUUCAGCUGUACGCUCCAACCCCUCCCAUUUGAAAGAACUGGACCUGAGCUACAACCAUCUAGGAGACUCUGGAGAGAAGCUGCUCCGUGAUCUGAAGGACGACAAACAAAACAAGCUCAACAAAAUCAAUUUUGAACAUGGUGGAAUUCACAGAAUGAAACCAGGAUUCAAGAAAUAUGCCUGCAAACUUACGUUCGACCCCAACACAGCACACAAGAACCUGCAGCUCUCUGAAGGGAACAGAAAGGUGACCUGGGUGGAGGAUGAACAGCCACAUCCACAUCACAACCAAAGGUUUGAUCAUCACCUGCAGAUUCUGUGUGAACAAGGUCUGAAAGAUCGCUUCUACUUCGAGGUGGAGGGGACGGGACACUUGAGUGUUGGGCUAACGUACAGAAGCAUUGGCAAGAAAGGGGACGGGAACGACUGCAAGCUGGGAUUCAACGACAAGUCUUGGUGUCUGACUUGUUCUGAAAAUGAUUGUUACGUUUGGCAUGACGGAGAGCGACACAACUUAUCUUCAUCAUGCACACGUUCCAAUCAUUUGGGAGUCUAUCUGGACUGGGAGGGCGGCAUCCUCUCCUUCUACAGGGUUUCCUCCGACAGUCUCACCCGCCUCCACACUUUCAAACAAAAGUUCAGUGAAGUCCUCUAUCCUGCCGUUGAGCUUCACAGUCAUUCCUGGGCGUCAUUUCGUCAGCUAACGUAAACACUUUCUCUUUGCAUAGAGGUGGUCAGAGCAUAUUCUGAUAUGUCCUUAGCUUUAGCAUUUAGCACACACACAGGACAACUUGGUCCUCCUAGAGCUCCCAGAGUAACCAGAGUGGCCCUCUUUGGUCUAAAACCAAAAAUAGAAGAAGAGAAGGCUUCGAAGAAAGAGCGAGACAGGAGACACACCAGAUCACUGUAAGUUGUGUGAAACAGGACAGAGCUGUCGGUUGUCCAUCCUUGAGUUGGUCAACAUCAUGCUGUAGUGCAGUGGUCACAAACAAAACCAGCGCUGAAUUUACAGCAGCUUACCUGACAUCUUCUCCUUUGUAACCUAAAGAAAUUAAACGGCAUCUAUUCCAAAUUUAAAGAACUUCACGAAUGGUAGAAGAAGUUAUCGAGGUUGUAAUUCUUUGGGAAAAGAGUCAUAAACGGAGUGAACUGAUCCGGUUCGAGUGCAUUAAUUAAGAAUAUAUGGGAGAUUUAUCCAGUGAAAUAAAACAUUUCCCUCAAAAUUUGACACAAAAAUUCUACACAACUAAGUAAAUGUUGGGACCAAUCGUUGGGAGUUUGUUGGUGGUGAAGGAGUUGCACAUUUUGCUUGUUUGUGCUCUUGGUUUUACCAAUUCAUUCCGUAGUUUAUUCAUCUGUUUGCAACAAUUUCCCGACCGUCACAUCGGUAAUCGAGAAGCUUUUAACUACAUCUUCUUCUCUGUCCAUCUACAAUCUUGAUCUUUAACUGAUCCGGUUGUUAGUUAAGAGAUAAGAUCAAGGUGACGUCGUCUCUAUGUUCAUAUUUACACGGAGAAACUCAGACGUUGUCUUUCAUACUGGCGUCCAUACUUAACAUGGAUUUCACAGCAAAAUUUAAGUGGGAUCAUAAAGUCUCUCUCAUUGUUUACUGUACAUACGCUCACUGACCAGUUCAAACAUCUUAGCUUCAAUCAAAAUGUCAUUAUUCAGGAUUAGUUUCAAAUCACUGAGAGAGCUGUUGGUUCAACUGUGUGUUCACUUUGUUACUAUUACUUUGUAUUUUGUUGUGUUGACACGUGUUCCUUUUAUCUUUCCAAGAAUCAGUUUAAGUUUUACAUCAGAUUGAUAACGGUUUACAUUAAUGAGCUUUAAAGAUAAAAUGAAAACACAUAAACUUGUAGAUACGGUUCAAUACGUCCACCUGCAUGUGUUUAAUGUUCAAAAUAAAAUGUCAGGUUUAAAUGUCAGAAAGAUUAUUGUGAGAGCACGAAUUCAUGACGUAUUCGUGAUGUAGUAGAUAUGUUUAUAAGGUCUGUAACAGUACUUCCACUACAUUCAUGCAUAAUAGCAUCAUAUUAAGCUUUUAAUGCAUCAUUAUUAUUAAUUAUCAAUCAAGCAUUAAUUCAUUCUGUGUGUAUGUGUGUUUAUUUGUACAGCUAUCUUUGCGAGGACCAUUUUAAGUUUAAGCAGAGUGAGAACAUUUUGGCUGGUCCUCACUUCUCUACGUCUGUUUGAGAGUUAAAACUCAGUUUUAUGAUAAAGGUUUGGGUAAGGAACUUGGGAAAACAUUAUGCCAACGAGUGUCCUCACAGAGAUAGCCAUACAAACAUUUUGUGGAUAAUGUAUUUUAUAUGUAUUUCACAUAUAUGUAAAUAUUACCAUUUUUUUCUCUCCUUUUUCCAAAACUGCAUUUUCUUUUUUGCUGCUUUGAAUAUUUUAUUUGGGGUAAGUGCAGUGAUUCUUCCAGUUAAAUAUGAGGUUGGCUGGUUUUCUCUUUCUGACGACUGAGGGAUUUUUUUCUUUCUUGUUUUUCUGUUUUAUAUUCUUAUUCUUUUAUAUCUCAGUCUGUAUUGUCCAGUGAGUUUGUUGUUUGUUGUGACUCAUUUAGUCAUUUAUUUAAUGAUCUGAUCUAAUAAACGGCUUCUAAGAGUUA